CGUCGGUAAUGUGUCAGUGAGCGAUUGCUGUAUGUAUAGUGCUGUUAUAAGUGUCGUAAAUGUUGUACUGCUAUGUCAUAAUGAGAAAACGCAUGCCCGACUUCAUUAUUAUAAAGUGACGAUAGUGUUUUAAAUUAAGUUUCUUUUUAAAAAACAGUGUUUUCAUUUGUAUGUCAUCGGACCUUACAAUAUGGCGGCGGCUCGGCACAAAUCACAACAGAAGAACAUUUCUUCUAUAUUUUCGAAGUUACACGGUGCUUUCUCGGAUGCCGUGUGUCCCACGAAGCUAGCGACGGACAAAAGGACACUGGACAAAACUUGGAAGUUGAUGGACAAAGUAGUAAAACUAUGUCAGCAUCACAAAAUGAAUUUAAAAAAUAGCCCGCCGUUUAUUCUUGAUAUUUUGCCCGAUACAUAUCAGAGGUUACGUAUUAUAUAUUCGAAAUACGAGGACAACAUGCAAGCGUUGAAUAGUAACGAGCAUUUUAAUAUAUUUAUAAUUAAUUUGAUAAGGAAAUGCAAGCAGGCUAUUAAGUUGUUUAAAGAAGGGAAGGAGAAAAUGUUCGAAGAGAAUUCGCAUUUUAGAAGGAAUCUGACGAAGCUCAGUUUAGUUUUUAGUCACAUGUUGAGUGAACUGAAGGCUAUGUUCCCGAACGGUACCUUCGCCGGCGACCAGUUCAGGAUCACGAAGAGUGACGCCGCUGACUUCUGGAGAACGAAUUUCGGAAACAGCACUCUGGUGCCUUGGAAGAUAUUCCGCGAAGAACUGAACAACGUGCAUCCGAUAUCCUCGGGGCUGGAGACGAUGGCGUUGAAGACAACCAUAGAUCUGACCUGUAACGAUUUCAUAUCGAACUUUGAAUUUGACGUUUUCACGAGGCUUUUCCAGCCCUGGAGUACGCUGUUACGAAACUGGCAGCUACUUGCCGUGACGCAUCCGGGUUACGUCGCCUUCCUUACGUACGACGAAGUCAAAGCGAGACUGCAGAAGUACAUACACAAAGCCGGGAGCUACGUCUUCAGAUUAUCGUGCACAAGAUUAGGGCAAUGGGCCAUAGGUUACGUGACAGCCGACGGUGAGAUCCUACAGACGAUACCUCAGAACAAGAGUUUGGUGCAGGCGCUCUUAGACGGGUAUCGGGAAGGAUUCUACUUAUAUCCUGACGGUCGAGAUACGAAUCCCGAUUUGAGUAGCGCCAUCAUAUCGCCCGCCGAGGAUCACAUCACAGUAACCCAAGAGCAAUACGAGUUGUACUGCGAAAUGGGCAGCACGUUCCAGCUUUGCAAGAUAUGCGCCGAAAACGACAAGGACAUCAGAAUAGAGCCGUGCGGGCAUCUCUUGUGCACUCCCUGUCUCACUGCGUGGCAAAUUGAUUCCGAAGGGCAGGGUUGUCCGUUCUGCAGAGCCGAGAUAAAGGGGACCGAGCAGGUCGUCGUGGACGCUUUCGUGCCGCCGCGCCCGCCCAACACCACGUCCGAGGCCAAGAACCCAAAGCCAACGGUAAAAGCGGUCUCUUCGAACUCCUCUGGAUCGUCAGGCUCCUCCGGAUGCAAUGGAUCGAGUUCGGACGGUGCCGGCUCCGGUAACGCGGCCAACGGCUGGUCGUCCAGGAGCGCGGCCACCUUCAACGGUCUCGCCGACGACAUCGACGACGGAGAGAGGCACCGGAGAAAAUGACCGCAUGCAUGACGCUUGUCCGUUCGUUCAUUAUGUUGUGAUUUUUUUUUAACUAUAUCGAUAAUAACUCAUUCCGUUACACACAUAUACAUACAUACUUCAUUAUGUACAUUCCAUUCCGGUGUUUAUUUUUAUUUAUUUAAAUGUACAUAGUUGAAGUUUUUAUUUUAUUUUUAAUUACUAAUUUGUUUUUUUUUUUUUAUUAUUCUAAAAUAUUUACAUUUAAAUUAGACUAUAGAUAGAUAUACUUUUUAGGAAAUGAUGGCUAUUAUAUUUAUAAAUGAUGACAAUGUUGAAAUGUUUAUAUCGUCCUUUUUUUAAUAUCUAAUAUUGGCUGCUCGAUAAAUGCGCUGUAAUAUUAUUAUAGUCUAAAGAAGGUUUGUACGAAUUCAAAAUAAAUUAAUGUCACAUCAAAUUGUUCGUAAUACGAUUUCACACUUUUGAUAAUUUUUAUUGUUUUUCCAAAAGAAACGUCAUACCUACCGAAAUUAUUUCAGGAAAUAAAACAACAUUUUUGUCUUUAAUAUAAAAAUCACGGAGUAAACUCGGGUGUCCAUGAUUUUAUGUAGCGUAGUGAUCGCAGUUAAAAUAAUAUUUAACAGUUAAUACAAUACUAAGAUAUGAGAUUAAAAUAAAAAAUGGCCCAUGCUUUGUUAGUGUUGCCAAUAGGAAGGGAAGCUAAAAACAAUGUGAGCGUUUUUAGGUAAAGUUUCUUUUUUGUUCUGCACUGUCUGCAUGCCCAUACAGCCAACCAUUUCUUCUAAGUUAAAUAGUUAAUUCAUUUUUUACGAAUAUUUUUCUUAUUUUACGUUUAUCUCUUGUCGGGUUCAGCAUUGUUUGUAUUACCCUCUGUGUAGGCUGCCGCUUUGUGUGAAAAAGACAGAUGACAGGGCUUAAGAUAGGUAGCAUAGAUUCAAUAUAACGAAGUCUAAUUAUUUUCAUAUAUAAGCAAACAUGGAAUUAAAAUUGAAUUUUUGAUAAAAAUGAUAAUUUAAACCAUAAAAAUUUAUGUGAUGAUAUUAAAUAAAAUGGUGUAUUAUAUAAUAAAUGCCACGACCUAUGAAGUCGUAAAAUUAUUGUCACCGUACCUGUACUUAAUAUUCUAUUGUGAAAUAUGAAAUACAGUGGUGCUGCGAUGGUCCCUAAGUUUUUUAACUUGAAAUUUUCACGCGAUGUUGAGAACCAAUAAAUAUAUUUAUUUCGACUUAAUAUACCAAUAUCACCAGGAAAAAAUAAAUCAUAUUUUACGUUCUGCUUACAAUUAAAGUGUUUUUUUUUUGUUUGUAUAUAAAUAGGGAAAAAAGAAAUGAACUUCCUAUUUCCAAUUGAAACGAUUUUUUUUCUUAAUCUCUGAACUAAAUUUAUUUGAGUAUUUUGUCCAGACCCUAUCUCUCAUCAUCAUCAUCAUCAUUAUCCUGCCCUUCUCCCAGUCACCUGGGGUCGGCGCAACAUGUUUUCUCCUUGCAUACUCUUCUAUCACAUAUCA